CCUCCGGUGCUGCAACAAAUACAAAUAAUAGCUACGUUUUUCACAUUUCCGGCGAAAAGAACCAUCCGAAACUCGCACCUCGUACCGGAGUGAGCUUUAUAAAGUGCUUGGAAGUUCUGGUUUUUUUUUUUUGUAUGUAGUAGAGUGAGUGAGUGAUCAGUGAUGGGUUGCUUACACUCCAAAACCACCCACCUCCCCUCCCCAGACGACCCCUCCUCCCAACUCGACCCAGCUAAUGGAGAUCAAGCUGAUGAAGAGCUCCAAGUCCCGGCAUUCAAAGAGUACGGUCUCUGCGAACUCCGCAAGGCCACCAAUGGGUUCAGCACAGAGUACAUUGUCUCCGAGAGCGGCGAGAAAGCUCCCAAUGUGGUUUUCAGAGGCAAGCUCGAGAACAACCGCUUAGUCGCAGUCAAACGGUUCUCCAAGCAGUCUUGGCCUGACGCUCAACAGUUCGUGGAGGAAGCGGCAGGAGUUGGGAAGGUGCGGCACAAGAGAUUGGUGAAUCUGAUUGGUUGCUGUGCUGAAGGAGAUGAACGGCUCUUGGUAGCUGAGUACAUGCCCAAUGAUACUCUGUCCAAGCAUCUAUUCCAUUGGGAUAAGCAGCCACUGCCAUGGGAAAUGCGCGUUAGAGUUGCAUAUUAUAUUGCACAGGCACUUGAUCAUUGUAAUACAGAAAAUCGUAAAAUUUAUCAUGAUUUGAAUGCGUACAGAGUUCUUUUUGAUGAGGAUGGUGACCCUCAUUUGUCUAGUUUUGGCCUCAUGAAGAAUAGUCGAGAUGGAAAAAGCUACAGUACUAAUUUAGCUUAUACUCCACCUGAGUUUUUGCGAACAGGAAGGGUCACCCCAGAGAGUGUGAUCUACAGUUAUGGAACAGUUCUGUUGGACCUUUUAAGCGGGAAGCAUAUUCCUCCAAGCCAUGCACUGGACUUGAUAAGAGGGAAGAAUGUAUUGUUGUUGAUGGAUUCAUCAUUGGAAGGACAGUAUGCCAAUGAUGAUGCUACUAAAUUGGUUGAACUUGCUUCCAAGUGUCUUCAGUCUGAGGCAAGGGAUCGACCUGAUACGAAGUUUCUUCUUACAGCAGUUGCACCACUUCAAAAGCAGAAAGAGGUGGCAUCAUAUGUUCUCAUGGGCCUGACUAAAAAUACAACGGUGCUGCCAACUAUGCUUUCCCCACUUGGAAAGGCUUGUGCAAGGAUGGAUCUUACUGCUGUGCAUGAGAUUUUGCUAAAAACAGGCUAUAAAGAUGAAGAGGGUGCAGAAAAUGAGCUGUCAUUUCAAGAAUGGACACAACAAGUGCAGGAGAUGUUGAACACGAAGAAAUUUGGGGAUAUUGCAUUUAGGGACAAGGACUUCAAGAGUGCUAUAGAGUAUUAUUCGAAGUUAGUAGCAAUGAUGUCCAUUCCUUCGGCUACCGUCUUUGCAAGGAGAGCAUUCUCCUACUUGAUGAAUGGUCAAGCAGAACUUGCCUUGAGGGAUGCCAUGCAGGCUCAGGUGUGCAUACCAGAGUGGCCAACUGCGUUCUACUUGCAGGCUCUUGCACUCUCGAAGCUGGGAAUGGAAACUGAUGCUCAGGACAUGCUCAAUGAUGGGGCAGCCUUUGAAGCAAAGAGACAAAACAGCUGGCGCAGCUGAACUCUAAGCUUGUCGGAUAUAUUCUUACAUUUCAUUCAGUCCUUAGACAUCAUAGUUCUGUGAGAACAUUGCCUAGAAUAGAGAUUGUUGUGGUAGGGAAAAAUGAGUAGUGGUAGUAUAUGUUUUCAGGAAGUUCUAACAGAUACGAGUUGCCUACAUAGUUUCUGCAAUAUAUACUGUAAUUUCCCAAAGAGAAAAAAAAUAAAUAAUAAGUUUUUGAUUUAUGGGAUGCACAUUUACCGCGUUUAAAUCUACAUUAUUUUUGCAGCAUCUUGUUGCCUGCUGAACAGAAAUUAUGU